AUGCCUGCUUUGGCCAGUGAUACCGUAUUAAUGUACCAUUUUCCUCGCGCAACAACCAUUCCUAGUCCAUCACCUUUCGCCUUAAAAUUGGAAACUUAUCUGAGAAUGGCAGAUAUCAAAUAUAAAUCCGAUCUCAGCGGAAAGCUAUCGAAAAAGGGUAAAAUUCCUUGGAUUGUCAUCAACGGUGAAGUGGUUAAUGACACUAGCUUUAUUAUUCAGCACUUGAAUAAAAAAUUCAACAUCGAUCUUAACAAACAUUUAAGCAGCAAAGAAAAGGCUAUCGCUUAUUCUUAUACUAAAACUAUGGAGGAAAGUACAUUCUGGGCUACAGUAACAUAUGGUCGCUUUGCUGAAAAUUUUUCAUGGUUUCUAAGCGAGCUUGGAGUACCUAAAAUAUUGUUUCCAGCAGCUAGAUUAACGCUCAGACGUAGAAUCUUGAAAAGCAUGUGGGGGCAUGGAAUUGGCAGGCAUAGUCCUGAAAAUAUUCGUAAACUUGGCGAAGCGGACUUGAAAGCUUUUUCAGAUUUUUUAGGCGAUAAGCCAUUUUUUAUGGGUGACCAACCUAGUUUAAUUGAUGCUACUAUGUUUGGAUUCAUUGCCGAAUUAAUUUGGUUUAUGCCUCCUGAUCAUUGGACUACCAAAGUUGUGAAAGAAGAUUAUAAAAACCUUGUAAGCUAUUGUGAAAAAAUGAGAACGAAAUACUGGCCCGAUUGGAAUGAUAACCUAAAAAACGGUAAUAAACCAACCAAAUUCUAA